AAAACAGGUAGCUACACUGAAACAGCCAAAAUAGGAGUACCCACCACUUCACCUUCCAAAACAACCCCCUCAGCAAGAGAAGAGACUUUUCUCAUUCAAUUGCUCUCACUUGUAGAUUCUCUCAGGUAGCUUUCAGGUCUCCAUGUUGGAUGUAGAGUCGCCCUCAUCCAUCUGCAUUCAUCUCCGGCCUCCACAAUCGCCUCUGUUGCUAUACCUUCAUAUAUGAACUGAUCUUUGCUUUUCAGCUCGGUCAAGUUGAUCUCAGGUUCUAGCACAAUGGAGCAGGCACGAUUCUGGAUGUGGACAAAGCGGAAACAUAGUUUGAGUUCUCAUGUUCAAGCAUCCACUAAUCCUUCAUACAGUGAUUCGUGGGAAGAACAGGCUUUUGCAGAAGAUGCAGCUGGGCCUCUUGGAGGGUGUAUUUGGCCUCCAAGGUCCUAUUCUUGCAGCUUUUGUAAAAGAGAAUUCAGGUCAGCUCAAGCUCUAGGUGGUCAUAUGAAUGUUCAUAGGAGGGAUAGAGCCAGACUAAAGCAGUCUCCAAGUCCCCACAAUGAAAUUCUUCACCAUCACCAUCAAAAUCACCACAAUCAUACUCAGCAUCCCUGUUCAUCUUUGGGUUUUCAAUACCCAUCUCAGGUUUGUACCUUUGUUUAUAACCCUAACCCUAAUUCUGAUCCAGAUGUUCUUGCAUCACCUUCCUCACUUUCUAGGGUUUCAGCCCCAAAAACUCAAGAGAAUUGUAUUGAACAGAUCUUGGUCCCUCCUUAUUCUUCCUCUAUCAUCCAAGAGCACAAAAAGAGGCCUCCUUUUUCUCCCGCACCAUCAAAUCCAAACUCGGGUGCGGAUGGAUAUAUUUGCGUGUCGGAUCCAAAAGCUGAAGGAGAAAAGAGCUCUAGAAUUCUAGAAUCAGGAUGUUGGGCUAAAGGGGACUAUAUCAAACCUGAUUUAUCUGUAAGCUUGAAUUGGGUGGUCCGAAGAACUCGUCAAACUGCGUCAUCAGGUGGCAUGGAGGAGACCAUUAGUUGCAAGAGAAGGAGAACGGAUUCACCAUCAUUAUUACCUUUCUUCCUUAAACCAAGUUCAGGUGAUAGACAUCACGUCCAACCAGAGGUACUUGAACUUCGCGCAAGCUCCUUAGAAGACUUGGAUCUCGAGCUCAGGCUUGGUGAACGGCCAAAGGUGAAGUAGAAUUGCAGAUCCCAUGUCCUUAAAUACAGAUAAUUUUUAUUUUUCUUUUCAUUUCUGUAUUUCUUAUUUUAAUUCUCCCUUCAAUUUCUUUUCCUUUUCCCUUUGAUCUAAUGGCCAAGCCUCUAUGCUUUGAGUUUGAUCACUUGGUUCCCUCUAAGUCCCCCAUGAGCUUUCAGCUUGUAACAAUCACCAUAUGGAAAUCACAGAAUUGAAAAGUCCAUCUUUCAUGGAAGAAGGAUGGUGUAUUAUCAGUAUA